AUGUUUGUUCCCAGGGUUUACUGGAUAAAGCUGCUCUGCGUCCUGCUGAUCAGUGGAUGUGUCUCUCAUGUAUGCGGUGCGCAGCAGUCCUCGGCGUUGACGCAGAACUCGUGGCCGCAGAUAUACGUCCAGCAGCAGACGGCGAUGCGGUCGCAGCGUGACCUGAUGCGGAACGUGACCGUGGACCAGAUACCGUACGUCGGUGUGAAUUUGGGUAAAGUGCUGUUCAACAACGCAAGCGAUAUCGAGAACUCCUAUUACAACACUCCGCAAAGUCUCAAUGGGUCCGUACUGUUGGAUACUUUCUCGUCCCUGUUGAACUCCGGGGUACAGUCCUUUGUUUUGGACGUGGAACUUGGGGUCAACAGCUGGAUUAUAAAGGAUACGCCGCUCUCGUUGCAGGCAUUCUUGCAAACUUUGGAGACGUUUAUUGUACAAAGCCACGACGAUCUAUCCGCCAACAUCCUUUUACUGCUAAUAAAUUUUGAGACGGGCCCGAACAACGGGACUCUGUGGAAGAAUUGGAUGGCUUCGACGCACGAUUCAAACAUGAAUCUGACCUACGUGUUCGACAAGUACAUUGGCUCGCAUUUCAUUUACGCGCCCGCGGAUCUGAGGAAGGACCAAGUCACAAUGAUCAACGACACUGUGACGAACAACUCGUCUGUGCAAUGGCCUACGGUGCAGAAUUUCUUGUUCGACAAGAGGAAGCGAUUGAUUGUCACUGAACUUACCAAUAUCUUGAACUACACGGACAGUUCAUACAUUUUUCCACCUGGGACUUUCCAUUACGAUAGUACGAACAGUUCUCUCUCAUGCCCCUCCUCGGUGGAAGAGAUAGAGGAGACCGCUGCUGUAUCGUGGAGGUUUUUGGACGCCCCCUUCACCCCAGACGACAUAGAGCAGUACAUAGGCUGUGGGCUGAACCCUCUCAUCGCAAACGAUUACAACAUAACAUCGAUCACGAACGUUGUCGAUCUUUUGCAUCACAGUCUCAUAUGGACGUGGGGGGAUGGCGAGCCAAGGUUGUCGAAUUCUCGGCUUUUAAUGGGUAAGGACUCCAUGCAGGCUUACAACUGUGCCCUGAUACGGUACACUGCAGAGAACCAGUCGAUAUCUUGGGCUGUGGGGAACUGUUUCAAUUCGAAAUUGGGGCUGUGUCGUAGCGAGGAAGACCAAUACCUUUGGGACGUGGCGGACGACAGAGAAUCGUACUUCGAUUACGAGAACUUCAAAGAUCCUCUGUGCCGACCCGGGUACAAUUUCUCUCUUCCACAGACCCCGCUGGAGGAGAGGUCUUUACUGUUGCACCUGAGCAAUGUGACGGAUAACUUGGAGUUGUGGGUCAAUUUGAACUCGAUAUCUGUGAGCAACUGCUGGGUCGUGGGGGGACUGUACGCGAUGUGCCCCUACGAGAACGCCGUCUCCAAGCGGAGUUUCGUGGCGUCGCUGGUCCCCGUCGUGGCCGUCUCCGCGUGCCUCCUGCUCGUUGUCCUGUAUCUAACUGUGGUGAGCGUGCCAAUCCAUGACAACAGGAAGAACUGGCGACGUGUCGUGAACCAAAUCUCCAAAUCGGAGUUCGAGGGCGUACCAUCGUGA